CACACACACACACACACACACACACACACACACACACACACACACACACACACACACACACACACACACACACACGUUUCCUCCAGUCUGUUUCAAGACAGCGUUGCGGUUAAUACACUACACCAUGACCAGUAACCUUUACACCAUCACCACCACCACCACCAUCACAACGAUCACCAACGACACCUGGCAACAUGGCCAGGAGGAAGAGAACUUAGAGAAGGCGCAGAUCAGGCAGUUAAUGGUGGUGAGCUACUGGAUACUAGUGCCCAUGUUGCUGGUGGUGGGCGCGACCUUGUCAGGCAUUGGCCUCUACCUCCUCCACAGACCACGAAUGCAAGGUUUACCAAUCACCACGUACAUGAAGCUGCUGCUAAGCCUGGACGCAGGAGUGAUGGUGGUCAGCGUCACUACCAUCCUGACACUCAACGGAUGUUACAUACAUUCCUAUGCCAUGGCAGUUUUCACCCACUUCUUCUUCACGGUGUACUACACGUUGCAGACCUUCUGUCACUACGUCAUCGUGUGGGUGUGCUACAACCGCUUCCUGGCACUGUGGUGCUUCCGCCGCUUCCAACAAUCUCAAAAGGCGCGGGUCAUUAGACUUCGCAUAAUCUUCACCGCCGUGUUAUGUGUUUUGGUGAACUUAAGACACUUGUUGGACGUGCAGGUGGUUUGUGUGGAUAAUGCCGGAGAAGUGGAGGUUGCCGCUAACUACGCAGAGGGCUGCGAGGGGGGCGCCUGGGUUAUUCUGGACAGUCUGCACCAGAGUGAGAUGACAGAGCUGUGGCAGACGGCAGUGUGGAUUGUGCGCGGCAUCCUGGUGAUCGUGAUGCCCGUGUUCCUAGUGCUGGUGUUCAACAUGUUCAUCGUAAUCGGUCUGAUGCGCCGCCGCCUGCACAAUACCGCCUCCACUAGCCGCACGCGGGACCAGGCUUACUCCAGCAUUUAUAUAUCGUUGGCUAUCUCCUUCACGUCCCUCAUUUCUGCCAUGCCUACUGUGGUUCACGCACUCUUCUUCGCCAAAAACAUAAAGUACUGCCAAGGGCCUUUCAACGAGGAGGUGUUCCGAGCGAUUGCCAUCUUCCUCCUGCUGGGGGAGCACCUGACACAUAUUCUCUUCCUAGCUAUCAACCAGACAUUCCGAAAUGAACUGAAGACGCUGCUUCAGGCUGUUAAAAGAUCCAUCUCCACAUCUCUCAACUGCAUGACUCAGACCGCCACUCCUUCACACCAAACGCGCCCCUUCACGGUCACUACGCACGUCAAUAUGAAUGGAAGUCCACAAGUCCCCAACCUGGUGGUAUCUGCACCGGAGAAAAUGCCGGACGGAGGGCCGCUUGUAGAGAUUGCAGUUCCUACACAAGCCUCGCUGAGUGCCUUCAUCAAGAACGCAGGACUACGAGUAAGUGAACAAGACCCACUGAGGGAGACCAACAUUAAUAAAAAUGAAACACAGCACUCAGCCAGAACCUCCGUCAUGUCAGUCAUGUCCCUGGAGAAAGAGCGCAUAUAAAACACACACACACACACACACACACACACACACACACACACACACACACACACACACACACACACACACGGUAGCUCAGUGGUUAGAGCGCUGGCUUCACAAGCCAGAGGACCG